CUGGCAUAAUUUCAUUUGUCACAGUUGGCUACGCUGCUCUAAACUGCUUGCUACGGUGGUAUACAAUAGACUUUGUUUACGAAAGUUGAUUUCAAUCCGAGUUGUCCUAAUUGUAUCUGUUGUAUUCUACAUUUGUAGUCAUGAAUCCAGAUGGCCCAAAUGUUGUGGUGGAGAAAAUGGCUAUUUUAUCGGAAGGGAGAGUGAUCAAGGAAUUUGACUUAACAGGAGAUUUAUCAAAGCUAAAAGAUACGCCAGUUGUAUUAAAAGAGGGCGUUGAAUUCCAAGUUCAAGUGAUAUUUAGGGUAAACCUAGAAAUUGUUUCUGGGCUUCGCUACCACCAAUCUGAUUCUCGAAAGGGUAUAGUAGUGGAUAAAUCAAGUUUUAUGAUUGGAAGUUAUGGACCAAAAAUUGAACCUUAUCAAUAUCUAACACCAACGACGGAGGCUCCUAAAGGAAUGAUUGCACGCGGUCACUAUAUUGCUAAAAGCAGCGUCUUAGAUGAUGACAGAAACAGAUGCUUAGAGUGGGAAUGGUCGUUUGAUAUCAAGAAGGAUUGGGAAUGACUUUAAUACACAGUAACAACCCACAUUCAGAAAUCAUCGUGUCUAAAAAGUGGCAUCAUUAUAAAAAUACAAUUAUUAGAAGAUUAGAAGCACAAAUGUUGAAAAAACCCACAUAUGUUUACAAUUCCAAUCAGUAGCCUAUAUUUAGAACUGUGUUUACCCAGGGAGUUGUUAUAGCUGGAAAGUUUUUGAUUAAGUAGGCGGUGUCAUUAACUAUAUAGUUUUUUUUAUUUGGAAAUUAAUAAAAAAAAUACAAUUUAAUUGCUUAUACAAGUACAGUAGUUAAUUUACUGCUUGCCAGUGGUCUCAAAUUGCAUGAAAAUGAUGCAAUGGUGAUGGUAGUCUGUUCUAUUGUUUUCUGACUUCCUUAGUAGUCAUAAGGUUUUUUUUUUGGUUUUUUUUGUGUAAUAUCAUUACAUGUAUUGUGCGCUAUACAAAUCCUUGAAUAUCGCCAUUAAUAACAAAGGUACAACCAUUAAUAAAUAUAUAAUUUAAUAAGUGAUAAAAUUCAGGAAAAUUCUUGCAGCCAAAACAGAAUGUCAUUGUUAUUCACAGGAAAACCUGCAUGCUCUAGGGUUUCAUUCUGAAUCUAUAAGAAAUAUACUUAUGGUAAUUGGUAAAUAUUAUAAUAGAUUUGAUUCACUAUUUCAGCAGUCUUAUUAAAAGUAUUAUUAUUAUUAUUACAGGUAUCACAAUUAUUGUUACAAAUAGUUUAUGCAUUUAUCUUUACAGGUGUUCAUAUGAUUAAUUUUAUAUUUAGAAAAAAUAAACAAAACUAGUCCAUUGGCCUUAAAUGCUAAUAAAUGUAAAAAAAACACAACAAAAAAACCGCCAGGCCGGGCCUACAAUCUCUUUAACACUUCAGUUUUCAACACAUUAGCAAGGCAUACACCUGCAAUAUUUGGUUUUUCUUAUUCAAAAGGUUGUUAUUAAUACUUAUGUUUCAAAGAUGCUCAUAAGAUAAUGUGUCUGGAUAUAAAUUUGCAGUGGAUAAUUACUGCCCUGUUUUCAAUUAUGUUAAUAUGCAAUAAACACUGAACUAUAUCAAGGAGGUUAAAAUUAACCUCCUUGACUAUAU